GUGUUAUGGAGUUAUGGGCUUGGCUGGUGCGGUGUUUGCCUUGGCUGGCUGCACUAAACUAAGAGAGAGAAAGAAAGCAACAAGAGAGUUAUGUUGGAAUGAAUCCAAGGUCUCGCGUCUCUUUUGGUUCCCCUGCUCAUCUCCCUUCCCUAUCCUUCCAAUCUCCCUACCUUUCUGCCAACAGUCUCUCGAAGAUCGAUAUGGAGAAAGCUCUCGGUUCGUUUUGGUUGUGUUCCCAUGUUAUUCAACCGUCUCUCUGUGUUGCUUCGAUCCGUAGAGAUGGACAGCCAGGCAAUCAAACAACAUGGUGUGGUGUCUGUGUUGGGACAACUCGGAUCCAUCCAUCUAUGGAAAAUGAUUGAAGCAAUGGAUCUCUGUGAUUCUGGCAAUCGAGAAGACUCUACUGCCACUCGAAAACUCUGUAGAUGCUGAAGUAUUUCAAAGGUCUGGGUGUUUAUCGCAAUCUCUGACAGCUUGUAAUAGUCAUGGAUAAAUGGCAUAAGCUUGACUGUCAGGCUACGAGCAACCGCAGGAGAGGGUUACCCGAGAUUCAAAUGGAUUUGCUGCAUUACCUUCUAGGCUUAUCCGCAAACUUCAGGUUGUGUUUCUGCAGACAAGAAAUCUUAGGGUUGUGUUUAAGAGAUUUGUGGUAUAUUUGGCAAAGGAAGGCUUUGCAUAGUGUUUUGAAUUGAAGACUCCAGUUGUGAUUUUGAGUCGUCAGGUGUGUUGGAUCUAUCAUUGAACAGGUAAAAGUGGGUCAUCUUCAGAUGGGAAUUUGUUUGAAGGGUCCUGUUUUAGUGUUUAUCUCUUUAGGAGUGAUGGUUUUAAGCAAGACCAAGUAAGAAAGAAGUUGUGUUGGAUCUUCCAUUGAACAGGUAAAGACGGGCCAUCAUCAGAUGGGAAUUUGUUUAAUGGGGUUCUGUUUAAGGGUUGAUCUCUGGAGGAGUCAUGGUUUUAAGAAGGACCAGCAACGAAGGACCUAUCCCUGCAAUUCCAGCUUCAAUUUGUCUAAGUUUAGACUUGUAUGAAUAAAUUGGUUGGAGGAAUGCUUUUUUUAUUUCAGUCAAGCUUAGAAGAAUCUCAAGCAUCUUCUUGCAUCUGUGAAGCUUGAGUGUAUAAUGAUCACCAUUAAGUUGCUGGAUUCUUGGUGUUGCAUAGCACCGUGUGAAGGAGUAGAAUUAUCUUCACCAGCCCUCCAUUUAGGCUUUUGGAGGUCCGUAAGUCAAGCUCGUUAGGCCCCGCUGACCCUCCACUCCAGCACAUAUGCUGCGAGUACAUUGCUGCAACAUGCAUGAGUUAAUUGGAAAACUAAGGUUCAGUUUCAUACAGCUGCAGAAACAAAACGAGAUGUUAAAUUCUGAAGCAAGGAAGUUGACCUGUCUUGAGGCGUGGCUUGGCCUGCACGUUCAAAGCAUCCCUUGGUUCUAUCUCGAUCUUGUGGAUCUUCCUCAACAGUUGGCAAUGCAAACAUGGUACCUGAGUCAUCAUUGGAGGGUAGGUUGGCUUACAUUGCUACAGCGAACUGAUCGCUAUCUGCUGCUUUCAACGUGGAUGGGUAUGUUUGUCCAAUCCAUAGGGCUUUGUCAGCGAACUUAGGCUUUGAAUAGCAGCAGUGCGUGGCCGAACAAAGGCACCAGUGAUAAUUCAUGAAACAACUUAAAAGGUGACAACAUUGUCAAGGGUUUUGUUGGUAGAGAUAUAGAGAGAGCCACAUCAUGCAUGGUUUGGCUCGGCAGGAUGUUUUGUUCUCGUGCGAGUGAAAACUUAAGAGGAUUUCAGACUAUGAAUCUUACAGAUUUCCUGUCUGCAAGAUGUGAUUUUUUCAGCAGCAGAGGUGAUGGAGUAUGAGCGGACCAGUUUCAAGGCCAUAUCUCUCCAGUUCCACAUACAAUUUGAUCCAUCUAGAUUUGUCUAAGAACGAAUCAAUUGAGACGGGAAAUGCUUUUUUCAGUUAAGCACAGAAGAAUCUCGAAGAACUACCAAGGUUUCUACUUGCUAGUUCCUGUAUGGAUGCUUGUUUGUUCGUGCGAAGCCAACGUGAUGGAGAAGUUACUUGUCACUCGAUCUUUAUACGGAGAAGACCACUAGCCAUCAGAUGGAAGGAGGCUCACAAUAGAAAAGAAUCAGUACUAAUUUGAAGUUCAACUGCUCAAGACUACUGUAUGAUGGGCCAAGCACACUCAGUGUCACACAUGAUAUUAAACAAGAGGCUGAUGAGAGCGAUCUCAUUAUUGAUUCAGAACUCCAGACUGGAACUCAACUGCUAAAAGCAUGUAAGAUGGAGGAUGAAUAUCCAGACAGUCGAGAAAAUAUGUUUGGGCUAUUUGCUUCUCUUUUGGAUUGUGCUAUUCAAGGCUUGAUGCCAAUUCCAGAUUUGAUUUUGAGAUUUGAGAGAUCAUGCCGUAGUGUAUCGGAAGAUAUAAGGUCCCAGUCAAACAGAAGGCAUCGAGUUCUAGAGGACAAAUUAAUGCGGCAGAAGGUUCAGCUCCUGCUGGAUGAGGCUGGCACCUGGUCUCUUCUGUGGUACCUCUAUGGGAAAUCGACAGAAGAACCUAUUGAAGACCUGCUUGUGUCUCCAUCAACGUCACAUGUAGAGGCGUGCCAGUUUGUUGUAAAUGACCAUACAGCACAACUUUGCCUCCGUAUCAUUGAGUGGCUGGAGGGCUUAGCCUCCAAAUCCCUAGAUCUUGAAAGCAAGGUACGUGAACCUCGUGUUGGUACAUAUCUUCCUAAUUCUGGAAUUUGGCACAAUACGCAACGAUUGCUGAAGAAAGGUGCAUCCACUGUAAAUACUGUUCAUCACUUGGACUUUGAUGCUCCAACUCGUGAACAUGCUCACCUGCUACCAGAUGAUCAGAAACAAGAGGAAUGUCUUUUGGAGGAUGUGUGGACAUUGUUAAGGGCUGGAAGAGUAGAAGAGGCAUGUGAUCUUUGCCGCUCUGCUGGGCAGUCAUGGAGAGCUGCAAGUUUAAGUCCUUUUGGAGGAUUGAACAUGGUUCCUUCUAUCGAGGCUCUUAUGAAGAAUGGAAAAAGUAGAACCCUCCAAGCCAUUGAGCUUGAAAGUGGCAUUGGUCAUCAAUGGCGUCUUUGGAAAUGGGCUGCAUAUUGUGCAUCAGAGAAAAUUGCAGAGCAGAAUGGCGGAAAAUAUGAAGCAGGUGUGUAUGCAGCACAGUGUAGCAACUUAAAACGGAUGCUUCCAAUUUGUACGGACUGGGAGUCAGCUUGCUGGGCAAUGGCCAAGUCGUGGCUUGAUGUUCAGGUUGAUCUAGAGCUAUCUGGCUUACAACCUGGAAGGUUCGAGCAGCUUAAGAGUCAUGGAGAUAGUACUGAGGGCAGUCCUGUUCAAAAUGACAAUGGCCCUCAUGGUUCAGGUGGACCACAUAGCUGGCCACUACAGGUCAAGAAUCAGCAACCAAGGAAUCUUUCAGCUCUUCUUCAAAAACUCCAUUCCGGGGAACUGGUCAAUGAAGCUGUUAUUAGAGGGUGCAAGGAGCAGCAGCGGCAAAUUCAGAUGAAUAUGAUGUUGGGGAAUAUUCCACACCUACUUGACAUGAUAUGGUCGUGGAUAGCACCUUCUGAAGAUGAUGAGAAUGUCUUCAGGCCUCAUGGUGAUCCUCAGUUGAUACGGUUUGGUGCUCACCUAGUACUUGUGCUUAGGUUUUUACUUGCUGAGGAAAUGAAGGAUUCCUUUAGAGAGAAGCUAAUGAACGCUGGUGAUCUCAUUCUACACAUGUAUGUCAUGUUUCUAUUCUCCAAGCAACAUGAGGAGUUGGUGGGCAUUUAUGCUUCUCAGCUUGCACGUCAUCGUUGCAUUGACCUCUUUGUGCACAUGAUGGAACUAAGGAUAACCAGCAGUGUGCAUGUGAAGUACAAGCUUUUUCUUGCUGCUAUGGAGUACCUGCAAUUUUCUCCAUUAGAUGAUUCCAAAGGUAGCUUUGAAGAGAUUAUAGAAAGGAUUCUUUCAAGAUCUCGUGAAAUCAAAGUUGGAAAGUAUGAAAAGUCAGCAGAAGUGGCAGAGCAGCACAGGCUGCAGAGCCUCCAAAAAGCUACGGCUAUCCAAUGGCUGUGCUUUACUCCCCCAUCAACUAUUACCAAUGUCGAAGACCUUGGUGGAAAACUUCUUAUGCGGGCAUUGAUACACAGCAACAUGCUCUUCAGGGAAUUUGCUUUGAUUUCCAUGUGGAGAGUACCAGCAAUGCCAAUAGGUGCACAUGCAUUGCUUAGUUUACUUGCUGAGCCUCUAAAGCGCCUUUCUGAAUUUCCAGCCGACUUUGAGAACAUUUCUGAGAACCUAAAAGAGUUCAACGACUGGAGUGAGUACUAUUCAUGUGACGCAACAUAUCGUAAAUGGCUUAAAGUUGAACUCGAAAAUGCGGAGGUAUCCACCACCGAGCUUUCUAUGGAAGAAAAACAUAGAGCUACUUCAGCAGCCAGAGAGGCGCUUGAUUGUUCUCUGUCUCUACUACUAAGAAAAGAAAAUCCUUGGCUAGCUUUUAUAGAAGAUCAUGCAUUUGAAUCAGAAACUCAUGUGUACCUCGAGUUGCAUGCCACUGCAAUGCUCUGCCUACCUUCAGGUGAAUGUAUGUGCCCAGAUGCUACCGUUUGCACUGCAUUGAUGAGUGCUCUUUACUCUUCUGUGGGUGAGGAGGUUGUGCUUCAUCGUCAAUUAAUGGUAAAUGUUUCCAUCUCGGGGAGGGACAAUUAUUGUAUUGAGGUUAUUCUGCGGUGUUUGGCCGUCGAGGGCGAUGGACUUGGACUACUCCAGGCUAAUGAUGGUGGUGUUCUAGCUACUGUUAUGGCAGCUGGUUUCAAAGGUAAUCAUGUCCUUUCCAUGAGGGUUUCCAUGAGGUUUAUAUUACUGAAGUCGUGUUAUGAGGUAGGGAGAUGGGAGCUUAGCCGGUUUCAACCUGGAGUUACAAUUGAAAUAUCCAGAUUAGAUGCUUGGUACUCAGAUGCAGGAGGUACCUUGGAAGGCCCUGCAUCUUACAUCGUGCAGGGACUUUGCCGCCGGUGCUGUCUGCCGGAACUAAUUCUUCGAUGUAUGGAGGUUUCGGUCUCUCUAAUGGAAUCCGGUAACCCACCUGAGAGCCAUGACGAGUUGAUUGAGCUUGUCUCCUCUGAGGAAACUGGGUUCGUCCAUCUCUUUAGUCAGCAACAGCUGCAGGAAUUUCUGUUGUUCGAGAGGGAAUACAACAUCGGCCAAAUGGAGCUGCAGGAGGAACUCUCAUCUUGAUGACGAGUUGCUUCAUUCACCUUUCUCUUCUGCCAUCUCCUGCCUACCUGCGUUAGCUUCCCGCCUAAACAUAUCGAUGGUUCUAAAUCUAAUCAAAAUGAUAGAUACUUCCAUGAAUUUGAUUCAUUGUGGAGUGGAAGCUGAUGGUUUUCUCAGUUUUAGACUCGUACGAUGAUGGUACAUCGGUUUGUUGGUUGUUUGUAAGCAGUUCCAGGUCUCUGGGGGGUUCAUUGUGGGUAGAUAGAAAGAAGAAUGUACUCUGUUAAAGGCAAAGGGAUGUGUCUGUGGUUAUAGUUGAAUGGGCAUACGCUGUUGCGGUUUAGUAUUUUUGUACUGAUUUCAGCUGCUAGCAGUAAGCCUCAGCCAAUUCUCACUGUAAUCAAUUUCGCUAUUUGUAAGUUUGUUUAAAUUAAGGGGCAGUAAAACUAAAAUUAGUGUGGUCAAUUUGAAGUUUAAACAUUGCCUAU